UUGCUGUUAAGUAGGUUCGAAAAUUCAGAACAAAGUCCUCUUGCAUUAAUUUGCAUGCAGUUUUAUCAUUAGGAACUUGAGUGAUAGCAUGAGAUUUCCUUGAGUUAAUUUAAAAAUUACGUUUUUAAAUGUUUACGUCAGCAUAAAGUUUACGAAGCUAAUUCUGAUAUAAUCAUAUAAAAAGAAUCAUUUGAAUUUUCUCAAAGAUAUUCAAUAAAAGCAAUCUAGACCUUUACAUUCUGUAAAUAAAUUAAUUCAGAAUAAAGAAGAAAUCAUGCAGUGUGUAAAAUCUUUUGGUAGCUGCUAUGCAGCGAUGAGAAAUUAUGGGAGACGUGGCAUCGCUUCCAUUUCAGAGCUUCCAGAUGUGUAUCAAAUGUUGCAUAAAACAUGCAGAGAUUUUACAGAAGGGGAACUAAAGCCUAUUGCUGCAAAAAUAGACAGAGAGCAUUUAUAUCCCAAGGAUCAAAUUAAAAAAAUGGGAGAAUUAGGUCUCAUGGCAAUAAGUAUUCCAGAAUCUCUCGGAGGAACUGGUUUGGAUUACCUAGCAUAUGCGAUAGCACUGGAAGAGAUAUCCAGAGGUUGUGCUAGCGCCGGUGUCAUAAUGAGUGUGAACAACUCGUUAUAUUUGGGUCCAAUUGAAAAAUUUGGUAGCCAAAAGCAAAAGGAAAAGUAUAUCACUAACUUUACAAAGGGUGACUCGAUCGGGUGCUUUGCUUUAAGCGAGCCAGGAAAUGGUUCCGAUGCUGGUGCAGCGAGCACUACAGCGAAACUAGAUGGAAACAACUACAGCGUUAAUGGAACUAAGACGUGGAUAACAAAUGGCUUCGAGGCUAGUGCUACCGUUGUAUUUGCUACUACCGAUAAAAGCCAAAAGCAUAAAGGUAUAAGUGCACUAAUAGUGGACAAACCGACGAAAGGACUGUCGCUUGGCAAGAAGGAGGACAAGUUAGGGAUACGAGGGAGCAGUACCUGUGCCUUGAUAUUCGAAGACUGUCAAGUUCCUGCAGAAAAUCUCCUCGGUGAUCCAGGAAUGGGCUUCAAAAUAGCCAUGAUGACUCUAGAUGCAGGCAGAAUAGGCAUCGCGAGUCAAGCCUUAGGUAUCGCACAAGCAUCACUCGAUUGUGCCAUGGACUAUGCGUCAAAACGUAUUGCAUUCGGUGCUCCAAUUAUAAAAUUGCAAUCGAUACAAAAUAAAAUUGCUGACAUGGCCUUAAAAUUGGAGGGUUCUCGGCUUCUCACAUGGAGAGCGGCUCAAUUGAAAGAUGCCAGGAAACCAUUUACCAAGGAAGCUGCAAUGGCUAAAUUAUCUGCAUCGGAAGCUGCAACAUUUUGUGCACAUCAAUGCAUCCAAAUAUUAGGAGGAAUGGGUUACGUCUCCGAUAUGCCUGCGGAACGUCAUUAUAGAGAUGCGCGUAUAACUGAAAUUUAUGAAGGAACCUCUGAAAUUCAGAGGCUAGUGAUCGCAGGAAAUCUUGUCAAAGAAUACGGACUGAAUUAAUAUCAACAGAUAUCCAGGGUAAUAGAAAAAGAUUUUAUGAUAUUCAUAACAAGGUUUAGUUUUACUAAAAACAAAAGAUCUACUGUCAUGGAAUAAGUCAUUCGAUUGCUCUAUCGGUACUUUUGCCAACUCCAAGUGUACAUUCUCGAUACAUGUCUCCGUUAUAAAUUCGAUAUAAGUACAAUAGAAUUUUUAUACAGGUUUUUUCAAUAAAUGUAAACGAUUAUCUAACGGUUUCAAUCAUAAA